UUUAUUUUGGAUUCUUCUCCCGUCUAUCAUUUUCACGACGUUUUUCACAAGCACUGCCAAGACCUUUACUGAUCUGGUGCCGUCCUUAACUGUGAUUCAUAAUCCAUCUCUAAAAUUCCUUUUUUUCUAAUAUUGUUUAACAUUUUAAUAGCAUUUAUGAAAAUAUCUUUUCCAAUAUUUCUCGAAAUACCAUAAUAAUUAUACAUAUGGUGUUUGUGUAAGCAAGACAAAACUUUGGGAUAUAAAGUUGGAACUUCUUUAAAUUGUGUAAUAAUGCCAGGAUAACGUCGCAACACACCUUCAUAAUAAGAGCGGGAGCGGUAUUGUCUUAACUUAAUCGGAGUUUUUAAUCGACACUUUGCAUGAUAAAAUAAUGAUAUGCAAAUCUGUUAACGAUAUAUAAUAUGGACAUAUUUGUUGGGCUUCUGUUUUGCCCCUGUGUGAGCCAUGUGCAAUACAAACAUAAGCAUAUGUUUUACUUUAAAAGAGUAACCGGAACUUGAAUGUCUUAGUUAAGCUAGUUUGCCAGCGUAACUUCCCUAAGUUGUUAGCUAAGUCGGAAUGAUCAGUCCCGGGGCAGAGUGAGAGGAACAUCAUGUUGCGAGUUUCACGCUCAAUUUGACGGUGAUUACUCAGACUAAGCGAGCGGUUUGUUCACCUGGAAAUUCAACCGUGUUUCUAAUUAUUACGUUUCAACGGACAUUAACAUGUUUUUGCGCGGGUCGAAGAAGCGGCGCUCGGUUCGCUCGGUAAGUGCUUUUUUACGAUACAUUUGUUUCUUCAGAACUCCUUAAAUAGUCAGGAAAGCGUCUCUUUCUCUAACAUAAACACACUUAAAGGUUAUUUCCAAGUUCGCCUGCUUCACAAUAGAAGGCGAGAAAUAAAGUUGUAAGUUAGUGAAUUUAAAACCAGCACAGAAAACAGCCGUGUCCCACCUCCACCUGGCUUUCGCUUUUUUCUAAGCCGUUCCUCACACUUUGUUGUCUCAUUGUGUAACACCGUUUAUCACAACGUCUCGAUGAACAUUCUUUGUUUCGUGAGUCACCUCCAUCCACAGUCAGGGGGGGUCGCCGCACAGUACGUCACAGUUUACCUGUGCAGGUUGCGAUGUGGUUCGUGUUCGUGUAGCUGGAACCUGAACGCGUCGCCAGCUUCGUCACGUCAUCGCUAACAACAAAUGGGGCUCUGGUAGACGAUGUCCUGCUGGAUCUCAGCCCAAAACAAGGAGCACAUGGUUCCUGACCCGACGAGGCCCGCUUCCGAGCAGACUAACAAACAGCUGUGUGGCCGUAAAACAUCUGGCUCCGCUGCCACCGCAGCACUCGCAUUCACAUACACAGUGGUCACAACCUCCUGAUGUAAGACUUGCAGGUUAAUUGUCCUUUAAAAAGUGCUUAACAAUAUUUAAACACUCUGAACAUAUGUUCCUUCAUUACACAAGCAAUGCAUUCAAUUAUUAAUGGAACCAUGAAUAUUUUAUACAACACUCAUUACAUCAGCAAAAUGUGUUUUAGAUUCAUGUUACAGCACGUAAUGAAUUUUUAAAUAGAUUGUGUCUAUAUUGUUUUGAAAAGAACGUAUUUCUGGGAAAUAUCACAAUAUAUGUAAUUGUGGUUCACAACUGUUCUCCCAGCAGCUGCUUUACAGUUAAUAACAUAGUGUAACGUUGAUAAAUGUGUGAAAUGACAUUAAACACAACAUGAAUAUUUCAAACUGAACACAAACUCUCUGCGAUGCUUCUAGAUUUACGACCUGGCUCCACCCAAGUGGUAAAUGCUGCCGUCUGAGUUGACCUCAGCUGCCCAAAGCAGCGGUGCGUGACCCAUGAGUGCAACUAGAGGUGUAGGGGCUCAGAGAAGGGGCUUUGGCACAACUGGCCUGCAGGCUGUGUGUUUGAUCUGGUCAGAGCUGCACCUACUCAGAGGCCCCUGACCUCUCACCUGUCCUGUUAAUGUGCAACCCCUCCUGCACCACUACGCUGAGGAGAGGAGCACAUUUCACAUGAGGUUUAUUAUGCUUAUUUGCGUAAAGAAUUCCUUGGAGUGUUUUUAAUGAACUCUGGGACUGGACUGACCGGACCUCAUGACAUUAAUCAGGUGCAUUUAUUAUCCAGGCUAUCCUAUGUUAUCGCAAGCCAUUCAAAAGCAGCUGGUUUCUGAUGUCCGAUAACAAAGUUGGCAGAUUUUCAGUUUGUCCAUUACCUGGUUACACUGUUACUUGGUAGCGACAGAGAGCUCAGUCAAACCCAGGCAGCAGCAUGUGAUCAAACCUUAUACCCACUAAGUGAAAAACAAAGGAGCUGAUAGGAAAAGUCUGACGCCAGGCUCAGAGGGAGCGUGAACGUGUUAUUGAUUUUACUCACACUUGGUUUAGAGAAAGCUUCCUUCCACCCCUCCCAUCACAUCCUUCACUCACAGCACAAUAGGCAAAGCUCGUAACACAGUGACUUUUGUGGAAAACUGAAAGGAAGUCCACAUGAAACCCUCCAGUCUGUGGAGCCUUGGCAUAAAGGACGCUGCCAUCAUGAUAAGAAAACCCACCAAGGACAUGUAAAACUAACUGGCAGCAUGUAGUGCUCCAGGCCGAAAGGUUGUCCUUCACACUACGUUAUCAUCACACCAGUUACUAGAAUGAAUGGUGACUGGAUGUAGUUAAUGUGUCGGAAAUCACUCAUUUAGUACAUGGGACUAUAUGGGACUCCAUAUAGUAAAUGAGGACUAUUCAAUAGAUAAUGGGUUUGUCAACUCACAUAUUAUGUUCUUCUAGUACUCUGUAAUAAUAUUAUAAGUAAGUUUAAAGCUUUUCUAAGGAUUCCUAAUCCUUCACUAAUCAUUGCAUCAUGAUUGUACCCGUAUCUCCUAAUUACUUUGUCUUUAGUGAACAUCUCACAGAUUCCAUUAGCGGAUGUUAAUGCUCCAGAGGAGGCUGCAAGCGUAGAGGUUAAAUGUCUCCCAGUCAACAUGCUGUUGGCCUGUAAAAGGCCGGCCUCGCUUUUAAAAUGGGCCAAAGAGCUUCUGUGUGAACAAAUGUGAGCAUAUUAAGUGUCAUUUCACUUCUUCCCUCUAUGAAAGAGAACUCAGCAACACCCUUUUGUAUGUCGCACUGUGAUUGUCUCAUGACGGCUACGGUUUCUGAAAGUGUUUUUAUCGCGUCUCCUUAAUUUCAUCCUCCGGCUUUCCUCGAUGUAAUGCUUAGGACUGUAGCCUCAAACCAGUGUCGGUGGCACAGACUUUUGCAGGCUCCGCCAGUGUGCGACAGCACAGGAGAACCUGUCAAAGGAUGAAGGGAAGGUUCAGUCCUAGAAGCAUUAAUAAAAUAACCUAAAGAUAAUAAUAAUAUUAAUUGUUUAGUCUGUUGUUUCUAAAUGGAUUAAUGCUGACCUGACGCCUUAUUCAGCAGCCUAUAGCAAACUCAGUGUGUCCUUUGCAUGGGAAAACAGGCUUGACGUGAACAGUGAUUGUUUAGUGGUUAGAGCUGCUGUCCUCAUGAGGUGUGGAGAAGGAGCCUUCACGCAGCUGAGCAGGUAUGCACAUGCAUCUCGUUGUAUCACAUUUCUGGAUUUUAUUGCUUUGCUCGUUAAACUUUGUCAGCAUCUGUGUGCAUUAGUUAGAAGUAUUCAUCUGCAAGUACACAUAGUUAAUCAGGGUCAGUUAAUUCUGCUCAGCUCAGUUUUAGCAGGUAAUAAAAAUUAAAUUCAAUUAAUGCAUGUUCUGUAUUUUAUUUCUCACCAGCACCAGCCAAUAUUAUAACUUAAUUUUUCAUAUGAAUUUAUGUUUUAGUAUCUCACCAGAAGAAGAGUAAAAAAGGUUAUAGUGAUUUUAUUCAUGUUAAAACUGUCAACAGCAACGAAAACAUUCCACACUGAUGGUGAACUCUUCACAGCGAGAUAUGAGAGGAGCUGCACAGGAGAGGAAAAAAAAGAGGAAGAGGACCCAGACAGAGGGCAGCCCUGUAUGCGCUGCGGAGACCAGUGUCCCGGCUUCCGUGUCCAUGGCUGGAGGAAGAUCUGCGUGCAUUGCAAGUGUGUGCGAGAGGAGCAUGUCGUGCGUUCGGUUCCGGGCCAGCUGGAAAAGAUGAUGACGAAGCUGGUGUCGGACUUUCAGAGGCACUCCAUCUCCGAUGAUGACUCGGGCUGCGCCUCGGAGGAGUACGCGUGGGUCCCACCUGGGAUCAAGCCCGAACAGGUUUACCAGUACUUUAGCUGCCUACCAGAGGACCGAGUGCCUUAUGUGAACAGUCCAGGGGAGAGAUACAGAAUCAAACAACUGCUGCACCAGCUGCCUGCCCACGACAGUGAGCCGCAGUACUGCAACUCUCUGGACGACGAGGAGAAGAAGGAGCUGCGUCUUUUCAGUCAGCAGAGGAAACGAGAAAACCUGGGCAGAGGCGUCGUCAGACUCUUCCCAGUAACUAUGACGGGAGCCAUCUGCCAGCAGUGCGGCAGGCAGAUCUGCGGCGGAGACAUCGCGGUGUUUGCCAGCCGAGCGGGGCACGGCAGCUGCUGGCACCCUCAGUGCUUCCAGUGUGCCUCCUGCAGCGAGCUGCUGGUGGACCUCAUCUACUUCUACCAGGACGGACAGAUCUACUGCGGCCGGCACCAUGCGGAGAGACUCAAGCCGCGCUGCCAGGCCUGCGAUGAGAUUAUUCUUGCAGAUGAAUGCACCGAGGCCGAGGGACGAUACUGGCACAUGAAACACUUCUGCUGCUUUGAGUGUGAAGCUGCCCUGGGUGGGCAGCGUUACAUCAUGAGGGAGAGUCGACCCUACUGCUGCUCCUGCUACGAGUCCCUGUAUGCAGAGUACUGCGAUACCUGUGGAGAACACAUAGGCAUCGACCAAGGCCAGAUGACAUACGAAGGUCAGCACUGGCACGCUGUGGAGUCGUGUUUCUGCUGCGCUCGCUGUCGUCUGCCUCUUCUGGGGCAGCCCUUCCUCCCUCGAGGGGGGCUCAUCUUCUGCUCCAGGGCCUGCUCGCUGGGCGAAGACCCCAACAACUCGGACUCCUGUGACUCAGCGCUGCAGAGCAGAGCCCCUCAGCCUAGCAAGCACUGUGGGCCGGGAGAGAAACAGUGUGGAUCCCCUCUGAAGCCACUAGAGGGCAUCAGUGUUACUAUCAAACCACCAAAGGAUUGCGUUCAUACUGCAGUGGAAAACAAAGGUACACACUGCACUGCUCCAGUUCAAAAUGGAGUUCCUGCACCCAAUGGUGUUUCUCACCCAAGAGGCUCCUACUCACCUCUUCCCCACAUUCAUCGAGGAAAUGGCUUAGGUCCAUCAUGGCCUAGUGAUCUCCCGCAUUACAGUUUGUUGCCGGGGGACUGUGGUAUCAGUGGGCUCCAGGGAGAGCAGAACGGGAAAACUGGACUAACUGGUGUUAAUUCAAGAGGAACCUCUACUACGAAAGACUGCAAAAACUGGGUAGAGAAGACGAAUCAGAUUAUGCAAGUUUUUCCUCAGAAGAACCUACAUGCAAGUUCACCUGACACGCCUUCUUCUCCUCCUCCCAACAACCCGUCCAUGUUCCCACCACCUCUGCCCAUCAAGUCUCGAGACUUGUUACCCCAGGAGUCCACCCCGACGAACCUGGCACAGCCAGAGAAGACGCCCAGGGAUUCACCAUCCCCACUGACCCGCACCAGCACUGCCAGAGUUAGUUUCAGAGAACCGAUCAGCAGCAGCUACUCUGUCGAGGAGGAAGAGGACAAUAACGAUGAGAAUGUGGACGAAUUGCAAGAAGGCGAUGAAAAUCAGCAGGAUGAUGAUGAAGUGGAGCCGGGCUUCGGAAGCAGGUUACAUCUACAGAAAGGUAUUCCACCACAGAUGGACCUACUGGAUGGCGCUUCUAAUCACCCACGCAGUCAUCGCAGGGGGUGGAAUCGUGGCAACACGCAUUCUGAUCCCACUCCCCACUCCCGACGGCCUCGAUCCGACCGGCCUCGGCUGGACACACUGGACAGGAGAGGCGAGAGGGACCACAGGGGCUCCGCCAACACCUCCUCACUGACCCUUCAUCCUGGCCACUUUAAACAUGAAGACUGCUCUACCUGCUCCUCAUCCUCCGACUCGGAGGAAGAGGGCUUCUUCCUUGGACAGCCUAUUCCUCUUCCACCACAGCUUCGAAAGCAGCAACCUGAUGAGAGCAAAGACAGAGAGGUAGACAAGGAGAGGGAGGUGCAGAGAGACUGGGGGCUGAGAGGCAGCAUUAGGCGGAGGAGGGCUAACAGCCUUGGUGCAAAGGACAAAGAUAAGAACUGUGCUAUCUCCUAGCCCCAAGCAGCAAACAACAUUAACUCACAGCAGGCUAUUUUCUAAAUUAUGGUGCACAAGAAGCACCGAUGGCCGUUUAUUACUCUGGUGCUCAUGUUUUAGGACAGAGACAACACGCUCAUGAACCACACCCAUCUGGGAAGCCAAAUAAACUUUACAAAAGUCUCCACACUGUUUGUCUGUAUUGAUGAAUGUUGAAGGAAAAGGAGUUACCAUUACAUCGGGAUUAUGUUCUACAUUCACUGGAAGAGUCACACCUGUGUUUCAGUUAGUUUCAAUGGCUGUCAUCUUGUAGUGAAACUGCCCUUAUUACUGUCAUCGCCUUUAUUUACAUGUAGUAUGCAAACCUCCAGUUUCAGCAGCAACUGACAGCACAUUACUCCAUGUUGUGUAAAAAGAAUAAGUAAUACUCUUAUCAUUUUCUGUGCUCUUACGUGCAAUGUUGUUACAACCUUGUUUUAUGACUAAUACUAAGUGGCAACACACACUACAAUAAAGACUUGUCCAAGUUGCCCACAAAGUAUCAUUUCUGUGAAUUCUGGAUGUUAUUGAUGUAUAGUCCACACAAACAUGGUCUCUGCUCUACGUAUUUUUAAGUGUCUAAUCAUGUCUGGGUAAAGGUCCUUUAUUUUUCUAUACAUGGUGUAAGUCCCAGUUCUUAUUGUUGGGAGAUGGUUAUGGCAGAUUCUGUAUAUUGUUGUCAUUAAAUCUGUCUAAAUUGUU